UGCGCGAAAGCCUCAAACGUAACACGUGUGUAACGGGAAGCUAACAUGGCGGACGAGGGAGAAACACGCGAUGAGAAAAUAAAUACACAAACAACAGAAGACGAAACACCACACAGUGAACCGAAUGAAGACACAGAAGAGACACACAAGAGCUUCAGAGAUCUGGGAGUCACUGAGGUUCUCUGUGAAGCUUGUGAACAUCUGGGAUGGAAGAAACCAACAAAGAUCCAAGUCGAGGCUGUUCCUGUAGCUCUGGAGGGCCGCGAUGUCAUCGGUCUUGCAGAGACGGGUUCGGGGAAGACCGGAGCGUUUGCUCUUCCCAUCCUGCAGUCUUUGCUGACGUCUGCGCAGCGGCUGCACUCGCUCAUAUUGACCCCCACACGAGAGCUGGCCUUUCAGAUCGCUGAACAGUUUGAGGCUCUGGGCUCCAGCAUCGGAGUUAAGACGGCUGUUAUUGUCGGAGGGAUUGAUAUGAUGUCUCAGUCACUGGUUCUUGCUAAGAAACCUCAUGUUGUCAUCGCAACUCCCGGCCGUCUGUUAGAUCACCUGGAGAAUACAAAAGGCUUCAAUCUAAGAGCACUGAAAUACCUGGUGAUGGAUGAAGCCGACCGCAUUCUCAACAUGGACUUUGAGUCUGAGGUGGAUAAGAUACUAAAAGUGAUUCCUCGAGAGAGACGGACUUUCCUCUUUUCAGCAACAAUGACAAAAAAGGUUCAAAAGCUCCAGCGGGCGGCUCUACUAGAUCCUGUCAAAUGUUCUGUGUCCAGCAAAUACGCCACUGUAGAAAAACUGCAGCAGUAUUACAUCUUUAUUCCAUCAAAGUACAAGGAUCGUUAUCUGGUUUCUAUUCUCAACGAACUGGCUGGAAAUUCCUUCAUGGUAUUCUGCAGCACAUGUAACAACACUCAACGGGUGGCACUAUUGCUCAGAAACCUCGGCAUCACAGCGAUUCCUCUGCAUGGACAGAUGUGUCAGAGUAAACGUCUUGGAGCUCUUAACAAAUUCAAGUCAAAGUCUCGCUCUGUGCUGCUGGCCACUGACGUAGCGUCUCGUGGACUUGACAUUCCACACGUGGAUUGCGUUAUCAACUUUGACAUCCCAACACACUCGAAGGACUACAUCCAUCGUGUGGGCCGCACGGCGAGAGCGGGAAGAUCUGGAAAUUCCAUCACAUUUGUCACACAGUAUGAUGUUGAGCUCUUCCAGCGAAUAGAAACGUUGAUUGGUAAAAAACUGCCCGUCUUCCCCACUCAGGAAGAGGAAGUUAUGAUGCUGAUGGAGCGAGUGAGCGAAGCGCAGAGAUUUGCACGGAUCGAAAUGAAAGAACAAGGAGACAAGAGAAAAAGAGGUAAUUCCAGAGACGAAGCGGCCGAUGAUGAAGAGCAGUCAACUGGAGUGAGGAAGAAGGUCAAGGGUGGAUCAUUUCGAGGAGGGAGGGGUCGGGGUCGGGGUGCCCAAUCCAAACGUGGCCGCUGACUGUCCAUAGCAUGUCUUAUGUUGAAUAAAUCUUCUGCUUUUCCACAAAGCAACGUGUGGAUUCUUAUUCAAGCAGAAUGUGACAGUGGUCUUCAAAUAUGCUUUUGGUUUCAGUUUGAUUGACAUCGAGCUUUUCACUCUGUGCAUUGUAGCACAUUUUACCAGCGGUGGACGUGUACUGUACUUAAAUAAUACUCCAAAAGUGUACCUGAGCACUAGUGACUUUAACUUCACCACAUUUUAAAGACAAAUAUUCUACUUUUUACUCCACUUUAUUUAAAAAAAGGUCCAUAAGUCGUUUCUAUGUGGCGGUUUUCCUGCACGCACAAUUUUUCUGGCUUGAGUUCUGCGGACCUUUCACAGUUGCUAAGUAUUUCAGUUUUUCUAAGCUCACGCUUUUCCGGCUAGCUAAGAAUGGCCAUUUGGCUGAUUUUAGUUUUUACGCAAAUCUGGCAACCCUUGGAACCUCUCCGCUAAACUUAUAUAAACGUCACACUACCACACGGCUGAUCGUGCUCGAAGAAGUCAAAGAGAUGAAUAGAAGAGGAAAGAUGUUAAAGUGUGCUCUUAUCAUCUGUAUGCUCAACUAUGUGUGAUGCAUUGCUUCAAACGAGCGCUACGAUCAGUCAAAGAUCAUAGAGUGUCUAAACGAUAAAUAAACAUCACAUACACCUUGAGCUCGGGUUAAAUAAUAAAAUAUAUAUUGAAAAAAUCUUAAACGCUUUAGUUGCAUUUUAAACAAGUUCAAUGAAUAUAUAUGUAUGAAACAGCGCAAUGAUUGACAGAUGACAGACACAACAGCAAGAUGACAUUUUUCAAUUUAAAAAAAUCUGCGUUUAAUGUACGUGAGUUUGUCUUUGUUUAACUGUAAUGAUAUUUUCAUAAAAUGUGAACCCCAUACUAAAAAUGUUUUAAAGUGAGGGAAAAACUGUUAUCCUUUAGUUUUUCAAUUAAAGUUUUAUUAUAAAUGAACAGAAAGGUAUGUUUAACAUAUUUUGUUAUUGUGUUUUUAUUAAAUAUUAAUGAACCACAAACUAGGUGUACAAACGGUUUGCGUGCAUGGCCCCUUUAAGAGUGCUGCCAGAGAUGACGCAAGCGGAAGUAUUGAAGAGGUGCGAGAAACCUGCGGGCCACGUUUACGUUAGUGUGCGUGCAUUAAACAAAACCACACUCAUUCACAGUAAAUAAUCAACAAGAUCAGAACUGUGUUUGACUCAGUCCACCUGGAUAAAGUGUGCCAUCUCCUACAGUCCUUAAAUCGUGUUUUCUAAUUCCAAUCCUUCACUGGGCAUUCGUUUUAAAGUAGACCUAAGUGUAAAAAAGCAAAGCCCGUUUGUUUAUUUGGGUUAUACAACACGAGUAUGUCAUGUGAUCGUCUUAAUCUGACAAUAAUAAAUAUUGUUAAUAAUACUAUUUGUUUAAUGAAAGGGAAUAAUAAUAAUCUAAUUGUCUUACAUUGAAGAUCAAAAUAAGUUUAUUUCCUCAACAGUACAUCUCUAAUGGGAUACAACUCGAUUGUUACUUAUAUUUGGGAUAUAUAAAGAAGUGUUAUUGUUUAAAACAGGGCAAACUUUUUUGUUAAAGGUUUUAAAUGCCUUAACUACAUAACUGAAACUCACUUUUCAAAGAGUACAAUAAAUAGCCUUAUUUAGGGGUUCUUAAGU